AUGUUCGCCCGUGACAUCGGACCGAACUCCGGAGCCGCCCUCUCAACUCAGAACCUCUACGGAGUCCAUCCGUUCUACAUGUGCGUUGAAUCGGACGGAAAGGCCCACGGAGUCUUCAUUCUCAACUCGAACGCCCAGGAAGUGGAGACCGGGCCGGGCCCUCAUCUGCUCUACCGUACUAUUGGGGGCCGCAUCGACAUGGCAUUCUUCCCGGGACCGACGCCCGAGGAGGUCGUCAAUCAGUACUUGCAACACAUCGGAUUCCCAUUCCUUCCUGCUUACUGGGCACUGGGAUACCAGCUGUGUCGUUGGGGAUACGGUAGUUUGGACGACAUGAAGAAAGUGAUCAGCAGGAAUCAAGCACUCGGAAUUCCGUUGGAUGUUCCUUAUGCUGACAUUGAUUACAUGAACCAUUACGAGGAUUUCACAGAGGGAGACGUGAGUGGAAUAGAAUAAGUUAAGGUUUUAAAAUGAAAUUACAUUCAGAACUGGUCCGGAUUCCCCGCCUACACCCAGCAGCUCCAUGACCAGGGACUCCAUUUGAUUGUGAUCUUCGAUCCGGCCGUGGAAGUGGACUACGCCUCCUUCCAGAGGGGAAUAACCGCCGUCAGUUGCCCAUUACUCUCACUCUCUAGUUUCACAUUCUCAUUUCAGGAUGCUUCCUUCAUCGAAUGGGCUCGUGAUGAUCAGGUUCCACACAGCAUUCAGGAUCAGUAUCCGAUGGCGAAGAACACGAAAAUCAUGUUGGGAAAUGUCUGGCCGGAUAGGAAUACGGCAUUCCCCGACUUCUUGGAUACCAAAAACAACACGAACGACUGGUGGGCUGCCGAAUUCGCGGAAUUCCACAAGACGGUCAGUUGGUUAUCCUUCCUUGCUCUCUCGGAAGUCUCUCGUUUCAGCUUCCGUUCGAUGGAAUGUGGAUCGAUAUGAAUGAGCCGUCCAACUUCGAUACGGGAACCUACUCCUCCCUCGAACAACGACUCGCCGAUGCGAAACUCUCGUGCCCAAUCUCCGGGGCGGAUUCCUCUCUCGACGUGCCUCCGUACCCGACACAGGCUUGCUACCAGAGGGAUGGAGAGUACCUGUUCUCGAAGACUUUGUGCAUGCUCGGAAAGACUGCCAGACGCACUCGCGACUUUUACGACACGAAGAACUUGUACGGCUGGAGCGAGGCGAGAGCCACCUACAGAGCCAUUCCACAAGUGACCGGAAAGAGGUCGGCAGUCAUCUCGAGGAGCACUUUCCCGUCUUCCGGCAGAUACGGAGGACACUGGCUCGGAGACAACACCGCCAGAUGGGAGGAUCUGCAGACGAGUGUGAUCGGAGUGAUGGAGUUCAACAUGUUCGGUCUUCCGUACGUCGGAUCCGACAUUUGCGGAUUCAACGGACAGUCAAAUGAGGAGUUGUGUCUGCGAUGGCAUCAGUUCGGAGCGUUCUCUCCGUUCUCUCGGUAAUCCGUCUAGCUCGUAAUCAUGAUGUUAUUCGUUGAGUUUCAGUGAUCACAAUUCGGAAGGAAUGCCGGAUCAGGACCCCGCAGUCUGGCCCUCGGUUGCCAACGCAGCGAAGAUCGCAUUGACAUUUAGAUACUACUAUCUCCCAUUCCUCUACAGGUUCGUAGAUUCGUAUCUUGCCCUCACUUAUGUCGGUCCAUUUCAGUCUCCACUACAAUGCCGCUCGCUACGGUCACACAGUCAUCCGUCCGCUGUUCUUCGAAUUCCCGAAGGACGAGGAGUCCCUCGGAAUCAGUGAACAGUUCCUCUGGGGAUCUGCCCUCAUGAUCGCCCCCGCUUUGUACCAGGCACUACCCAUAGUCUCUGAAAGAUUCCAACCACAAGGUUCCAGGGUCAAACGACGGUCCACGCUUACUUCCCAUCCGACACUUGGUACUCUCUUCAACCGGAAACUUACGGUCAGAAGAUGUACGCCGGAUUCAACGACGUUAACGCACCGCUUUCUUCGCUGACUCCGGUCUUCGUGAGAGGUGGAUUCAUUCUGCCACGUCAAGCUGCCAACACUACCACAACUGCUUCUAGGCUUAAUCCAUUCGAAGUUCUGAUUACUGUCAAGACCAAUGUUGUUUCCUCCGUAAGUUCCGACGCUCUGAUCCUUCUGAGACUGUUCGAUUUUUCAGGGAGAACUGUACUAUGACGGAGGAGACGAUCUGAUUCCGAACGAUAACAUCGAACUUCAUCCGAGGUACCGUCAUCUACCGUAAUCCUUCCGAAUUCCCUUCUUUCAGAAUUCACUGGCAGUUCUCGUUCUCUUCUUCCGUCGUCGGAGGAGUGUUCACUGGAAACUGCGAGACCUGUUCUACUGUAAUUCCCUCUUUCCCUCCCUUUCAGCCAUUCCUUCCUUUCAGGCCGUCAAGCCCCCCACCCUCGACACAAUUGAGAUCCUCGGAUAUCCGUCCGCCCCCAACUUCUCCGGAUUCAAACUGGACGGAGCUUCCGUUACUCUCGACAUGACCCAGUCGUUCUACGACUCUUCCCUCCAACGGGUCGUCAUCUCCUCCAAACAGCUGAUUAGUUUGAUCGCAUUGAAGAAAAAGUUCACGUUGAGCUUCUCGAACAAUUGA